AUGCCUGAAAAAGAUCGCCGCAAGUUACCGUGCGGGCUCCUUGUCGAUCGACACGCCAAGGCCUGGAUUCAUAAAUCAGAGCCCGACGACUGUCUGGCCGUCUCUAUCCGGCUGGAUUCCCAUGAUUGUGAGAUUCCGACCGAAUACAAGAUCCGGGCUCACGGAGUGACCGAUCCGAAGCUGCGCGCACGCUUCAACACUGCCGGCGAUAGCGGGCUGAUCGGCACCAUGGAGACGAAGCGGGUCUAUGUCCAAUUCCCGAAGAGCUGCUACCCGGGCAUCCGGCUAUCGAUCCAAGUCUAUGGCGCCAUCCACCCCAUCAGCGUCGAAUUUGACGAGAGCCAGCGUACGCCCGAGAAGCCGUAUUACGAAUCCAACACACCUCUGCGCGGCGGUCACCCGACGCCGAUGAAGACGCUGCUGUCGAAGAGCGGGCUGGCCACUCGGCGCUGGCUGAAUUCGCCCUUUGGAAACUCGAAGAAUACAAUCGGCGAGCCGGCUUCCCCGCUGACAAUGUCCCGUCUCGUCUUCUCCACCUCGGCGGCCACUGACCACCUUCCCGGCGUCGAUGACUACGAGAUCGAGGCGCUCGAGAGUUACCUUAGUGCACUCCCCGAGGUGUCAAGAGACGAUAUCUGGUGCCUGGUCUACUACUCGCUGAUGGAGGUGUUCGUCGGGCUCGGCUGGCACAGCCGGGAUUGGUUCAGGCGCAACGGCCACCAAAACCUAUGCGCCAAGGAGGAGCGGGCGGCCCCGUAUUUUCCAGAGCUGACCCUCGAGUACCUCGUCAUCCAAUCGAUGAUCGAGACUCUGGAGGUGGGCCACGGCGGCGCGCACGGCGACUACAUCCCCCGGCUCGGCGUACUCGAGGAGGAACAUGAGGACGACGUCACCGAGCAGUUCAAGCCCAUCCUCGCCCUC